UGAACGAUGUGAACCCCGGACAAGCGAUUCCUUUUCAGACAAUAUUUUAAAGGUCUUUUUUAUGAAUAGAAAUUGAAAAGAAUUUAUGUCAUCAGUAGACAUCACUUACCUACCGAAACAUUGAACGUAUAUUGAAACGUGGUGCAGGGAGCUUAAACGUUAACCAUGUCAAACCGCAUCGCUUUCCAGACGCAGUUAGCUUCAAUUAUGGAGGUGCUGGCGAAUGCCGCGGUGGCUGAGAUAUGUAAACUCGUAGACGAUGACUAUGCGGUUAUUAACUUACAAAUGACUCAAUGUCAGCGUGAAAACAAAGCCCUGAAGAGAAAACUACACAUACUGGAACUGAAGAUGGCACGGGGGGUUGCAGAGAGGAGGAUCAGUUCACUGAAUCGCACUAACAGGGUUCAAGUGAGCGCCGCUUUGUCAGACAAAUACAGGAACCAAACGAAUGACACAAUGUAUGGGGCUCAGUUCAACAGAGUAUUGUGGAGAGGUGGAGGGACAGACUCGACUGCUCAGAAGACUGUAAAAGAAAAUAACAAUAUGGACAGUAUGGCAGGAGGAGAUGCAGAAAUAUCUGAAGUUAACACAGUACUGAUUAAGGAUGAGAUGUUUGAGGAGGACCAAACACAGCUGAGACUGUUCAUCAGAGAUGAUGGAGUAACAGAGACAUCACAGACUGGAGUGGCAGGCUUUGGCGAUGUUCAGAUGCAGAAAGAUGAAAAGUUCUCCAGGAUGCAGCAACAGUCUUUGGAGCAAAGGGAGGUGGAAGAUGGAGAACCAGAAACAAUAGUGAUAAAAGAUGAUCUGAAUGACCCAUGGGAAGAAAGCCAGACACAAGAAGCCAUACAUGUGAAAGAUGAAGAGUCAAAGACAGACAUUUGCAAUGGAAGACUUCCUACCUCACCAGCCAAAAGCGCAGUGGCGUUUGGAAAAGAAGAGCCAAUAGAGUCAGAUUUUUCCCAUUGGAGGGAAAGUGGACUGGAUAGGGGCAAGAAGACCAACAAAAUACAAGGUGUGGUGGAAUCCAGUCCAAGUAUUUCUCAACAGGAUCAUAACCUCAAGUCUGCUGUUCGACCUAGCAAAGGUUUAACAACAGGAGAAACAGCAGCUCACACAAGCUCAGGGCACUGGGGAGUAGUGAAAAGUAGUACCUCACUCACAAACCAGCUUAUGAUUAGCAAAGAAAGGACAGCCACUGAGACAUCAGGAACAGACUCUGAGACUCUGAAUGAGAGCCCUGCAGAGCAUAAAAGUCGCUUUACAUGUUGGACCUCUUCUUUGCAACCAUCUUGCUUGUAUACCACAGAGUCCUACCAGGAUCAAGACUGUAUGCUGGUUGAAUCAAAGGGUGGACUGAAUGCUCCAUCGUCUACCCGAACACAUGCUGUUAGAAGCUCAGACGCAGCAGAAGAACCCAUCAGGGAAGAGGAAGGGGGGAAUCAAGCCGUCAUUUUGAGGCAAGGCCCAACCAAACCAUUAGGCCACAUUAGUAGGCCAGAUGCGAUUCAGACAGAGAAUGCAUAUAAGACAAACUCCUCACAUUUCGCUGUGAUUCCCCAAAUGAUUACCAGCUUAACCCAGCCUCUUGCUGGGCUCCAACUUGCAAAUAACAUGGAUAAAGGGAAAAAGAAAAGCUACAUUUGUAAGUACUGUGGAAAGUCCUUUUCCAGAAUGGCAAAUCUUGUGGCACACCAGCGCAUACAUACUGGGGAGAAGCCUUUUAGGUGUAAUACUUGUGGGAAGCUAUUCGCAGAAGCAGGUAACCUGAAGAAACACCAAAGAGUUCACACAGGAGAAAAGCCCUUCAUAUGUAGCCACUGUGGGAAGCGAUUCGCAGACGCAGGUAACCUGAAGAAACACCAAAGAGUUCACACGGGAGAAAAGCCCUUCAUAUGUAUCCACUGUGAGAAACAAUUCGCCUGGAUCUGUAACCUCAAGACGCAUCAGCAGUCAGCCUCCUGUGAAGGAGUCUGAAGACACAUUUAAUGAAAUGCAUCUGAUGACAAUGUAGGGCUUCUCACACGCCCAUCUUUUGAAAUAUUUUAGCUUUUACAAAUGAUAAAUUGCCAAGUUGAUUUGGGAAAAA